AUUUGGACACGAAGUUUGAAGCGAAUGUGACUCGUUAGCCAAUUCGUUCUGUCGCCAAACAGUUUUCACAGGUUAAAGCCAGAACAAAUGGAAUGUCAAUCCCACCAUCUUUACCAAUAUGCGGUUGUUUCUGUCUUGUCUUUUUCUACAGGUGUUUGUCCACCAUGGUUGGGACUUUCCUGCUUCUAUCAGUGCAGCCAAUGCGGGGGCUCGUGGAUGAGAAGAUCCAGGUAGUUGUGAGGAAUUUACCUCCAGCGCUCUCGGUGACACUGCAUUCCCUUCAUCACUCUGAGGAUAAUGACUUUUGGGAGGCAUUCGGCCAUUACACCAGCGACGGCCAAGGCAUGGUGACAGUUGCUAAGGAUGCCAGUCUUGGAGGAACAUAUGAAGGAGCAGAGCCCAUGGGUCUACUGUGGAGCAUGCAGCCUGUUCCAGGCAGUCGGACAGGCCUCAGGUUGAGAAAGAUGGAUGUCCUCACUCCUAUGGUGGUACACAUCUCUGUGUACAGUGGGCACAUGACUGAGGGCUUCAGCAAGCAGUCUCCUCUAGCGACCGUUGUCACAGAACGAUGGUACAUGGCACCGGGUGUGUGCAGAAUUGACAUCAGGGAACAUGGAGUUCAAGGGACCCUCUUUUUACCCCCAGGUCCUGGACCCUUCCCUGGGGUGUUGGAUAUGUGGGGAGGGGGUGGGGGGCUGGUGGAGUACCGCUCUGGCCUCCUGGCGUCACACGGUUUUGUUUCCAUGGCGCUAGAGUACCUUUCCCAUGACAAGAACAGAACCUCAGACAUCGAAUCAAAAACCUACUUUGAGAAAGCGUUCAGGAUUGUGCAGGAGCACCCCCUGGUGAUGAAGGACAGAGUUGCUCUGUUUGGUCUCUCCUUAGGCGUGUCUAUCGCCCUCAACUUGGCAGCCUACUCCAAAGACAUCAGCCCCAGAUGCUGUGUGUGUAUCAGUGGGAGUCACAUCCACCGGGUCAACCAGGCUUUCAGCAAAUUGUUUAGAAAGAUGAACAAGGAUAGGUAUAAGAUCCGAUUUGAUGAAGAGGGCCGUUUGGUCGGGAGAGACAUCAUUCUGCCUAUCCCAACCGACCUUGGAGAGAAAGUGGAUAUGGGGAGGAUAAAGUGUCCAUUGAUGUUGGUCGUCGGGGAGGAUGAUCAGAACUUGGCGACAGUGGAGUCUGCUAAGGACAUGACCCAGAUGAUGUGUGCAGCGGGUAACGAGCACCUGCUGACCAUUCUGCAAUACCCUGAUGCUGGACACCUCAUUGAGCCGCCCUACGCACCCCACUUCAGAGCCAGCAACUUCAUAAUGCAGCAAACACGACAGAAAGUGAUGGUGUUGUGGGGAGGGUACACCAAGCCGCAUGCCGAUGCUCAGGAAGACUUUUGGGAAAAGAGCCUUAGCUUCCUACGGCAACACCUCUACCCCAGCCCCGACUCUGUCCCUAAGGCCAAGCUGUGAUGUCACA